AUGGACGUAGAAGGACGCUUGCGCUUCACGCGCUACACCGUCAAGCGCGAUCCAAAUGGCGUCGUAAUCCAAAAGAGCAACCCGUACCGCGGCCUGCGCGCGCCCAACGGCUUCAUCUGGGCCCACUUCGUUAACGAGUUCGUCUACAUCCCGCGCGUCCCGAGUGUACGCAACUACGUCACCACCUGGUCCCGGAGUAUGGUCAAGGCUCUCGGCGAGAACUACGACGAGAUCGAGGGCCUAUGGCACACCCCGCUCGUGCCCCCGCGCCUCAUUCGACCCUGGCCUGUGCUGAAGCUUCCCCCUGGUCACCCUGCUCAGCCCGAGCCCCCGCUCGGCGCGAUCGAUGAAGGAUGCAAGUGGGAGCAUUCGGAUUUCAUGUGCUACUCUAUCCGCGCGGAUAGCUCUGAUGACCCGGACUGUGACCCGGCCAAGAGCCUUUCGGUGUACACUCGGCUUGUGCCGCGUCGCUGCCCUUCCGAUCCUUCUGAGGAAUGUUCAGGGCGAGUCGUGUUCAACGAAGACGUCGAUUCCGCCAACGACGGUCAAGAUAUGCGAUACGACUUCCUGUGGUGCAAGCACUUCAAGUCACGGCUGGACGCGGAGGACAUCGAAGACAGUCACCGCUCCAUAGCUCGGGCUAUCACGGAGUUGACCGUAAAAGGAGUCAUUGCUGACGGCAACGGCGGACAAAUCAUAAACAAACCUCAAUUCACCACUGAUGACGGCCAACCUAGCACACUGACCAUAGACAAGUCCCUCUACAAGAUCAGGGUGCGAACUUCAUCCUGCAUUUCGACGCCCGAAUCCGGCAUAUCGACCUCCAGCUCUCCCUUCCAGUCGCCCAGGCUCGACCCUGACACCUUGGGAGAAUUGCUCGCAUCUGCCGAUACCGCGGUUGCCCAGGAGGAGGGUACUGCGACAACGCAGGAUACAAUGUCGAUCGAGGCUCUUGACCUCAACGCGGACGCAAGUUCCAGUACAGACCAGACAGCAACAUCAAAGGAGGCUUUGCCUGAAAUCGACCCGUUCUCAAUCGAUGGCCUUCCGAAGCUGGAAGAGUUCCUCCCCGACGGCUUCCUCCCCGACAUCCUCCUCGUGCACGACCCCGACCGCGCCACCCGGCAUCGGCAAGCGGCGAGCGAGCCCGUGAAGUACAAGCGCGUCACCUACCAGCUUCCGAACGCCGCCAACAUCGAUGUAACUGAAGCGAAGACGGAGGCUCAUGUCGCGCACCUCCAUUUGCGCGAGACCAACCGCCUCGGGACCGGCCACCACUCAAAAGUCUACUCCGCCCCGUUCACGCUCCCACCGCCGCUCUCCGCGCACUCGCGCACGGGGCAGGUCACGGUCGCGGCGAAGCUCGCGUUCCCGCACUGCACCGCGCACACGCUGCUGCACAACGAGGCGCGCACCUACGCGCAGUUCCCGAAGCACUUGCAGGAGGAGUACUGUGGGUUCAACGUCGUGCCGCCGUGCCGCUUCCCUGUACCCGUCGGGCCGGUCGUGCCCAAGUGCUUCGGGUUCUACCUCCCGGUCGGGGAGGACGGGAACGUGAUCUGGCGAGAGGAGGAGGGCGCUAAGCACAGCGAGUGUUCGGAGAGCCGGCCUUGCAAGGUCAAGUGGCUCUCGCCCAUUUUGCUCAUGGAGCAGUGCGGCGAACCCGUCCUGCCGGAAAUGUUCACCGUCGACCAAAGGACGGAGGUCUUUUCGCUCGUGCUCCGCCUGCACGACCUGCACAUCACGCAGGGCUCGUUCUACGUGCGCAACAUCAUGAUCCAGCCGGGCCCGCUCUCGUUCCCGCGCGCGCACCGCUCGUUCAAGCGCCCGAGCUUCCGCAUCAUCGACUUCGGGCGGGCGCGCUGCCUCGAUUUGCUCCUCGCGGGCAAAGAGGAGAGCAGGCGCGGGGGUUACAUCACGGACUUGCAGAGGGCGCUAUGGGACGAGGAGAAGCAGGCGCGCGAUGAGCUGUUGAUCGAGGACUGCGGUUCUGAAUGGCGAUUCGGCAAAAGCGGAGCACACGACUCUUCCCCCACGAUGACCGAUUCUACGAGCAACAACAACGGCAAGUCUGAGGGGUGGUUUGGCAGCUUGGGGGACAAGCCCGCGAAGGUGAACGCAAUGGCGGGCGGAGGCGCCUCGAGCGAGACCAAGGAGGACAAGCUCGACAAGUCGAUCGACUGGGUGCAGGAGCACGUCCUUGGCCAGGGCAAGCAGGACAACGAGAGCGCGACGGAGCAGUUCAAGGACGAGCAGAUGAGCGACUUCCUCCGGCGGGAGUACAAGAGCGCCACAGGGUCGGACUUCUUCGUGAAGGACAAGUCGUAG